AAUUGGUUUAUUCAGAUGUUUCUUCCAUUUAGACCAAUCAUUUAUGAUAUUAGCAGAGAACAGGACUAUGUCAAGAAUUCUGGGGGUGUACUUGGUGAAAGUGAAUUAAGACCACCCUCCCAGCUACAUUCCCUGUUAGAGAAGACCGAGACAGGGUUCAUACCAGAGAAGAUUUUUGAGACAGUGUCCUUGAGUUCAGACUCUCUCUUCCAGAGGGCAGUUUCAAUUCUCCAUACUUCUUACUUGGACUCUGCAUCUGAGCAUGGUUUUCAGUACAGUCAAGUGACUUUGGUGAAAAAUGACAUUUUCUUAAAUGAGUACAAAACUUUUUACCAAGAAAAAAAAGCAAGUAACUAUACUCAGGAAGAACUUCAAGAAACUUAUGGGUUUCUUCUGUUUGAAACUGAAAAUCAGGCAAAGUUGGUAUGUCAGCGUGGACUCUGUGUUGGCAGCAGUGCUAUCACCACUCUGGGUGACCCAGGGAAAGGUGUAUACAUUUCCAAAUACUCAGACUACCUUCAUGCAAGACCUUGGUAUCAUGGGAAGUCUGGUUAUGUUGUAAUUUUUAAUCUAAUUAAGGGAAGAGUCAAGUUUGUGUCUGAGAAUUAUACAACCAACUAUACCAGCCCAUCUUCUGGCUGUGAUUGCCACGUGGCUGCAAAUACUAACAAGGUUUCUCACAAGACAAGUCAUUUUCGCACCUUUGAACUGAGUCAGUAUUACCUCUAUGAACUUUCAGGCAGCACUGUUACUGAGAGACCUAGACAGAUCUGUCCUUAUAUGAUUGUAGCUUUUCAGUACAGGGAACCUAAAAAGAUGGCAGCACCAGCUCAUAAUCAUAAAAGCAUAUUUGAACUCAAAGAAGAUGUUCUCAUCUCUCCAUGGAAAGGGAAAUUAAUUAUUCAAGGCUGUCUGCUGUGUGAUAUAACUCUUUGGUCCUCUUAUGGUACAGUGGUUCCAAAACAACUACCACAUGAAUUAGAUUUUAAGUAUGUAAUGAAAGUGUCAUCUUUGAAAAACAGACUACCGGAAGCUGCUUUUAGAAAACAGAAUUACGUGGAGCACAAAGUCUGUUGCCAAGAUAUGUGCUUCAAUAUGUAUGAGGUGGAAUUGUCCAACAAACAAGGGGAAAAAGUAGAUAAACUAACAGAGUACAUUAAAAGGGAGCAAUUGGCGAUCGUCAAAUGCUUAGAAGAUCGAGAAUUUUUCAUUUUACUUUCGUCAUCAGCCUUAAUGUCAGAAACAAGUUUGGGAGAGGAGCAGAUGGGUCUUCAUGGGUUGCAUUUAUUCCAUUCAUCCUGGUCAGCAGGGCUGAAAGGCUUGAAAGUUGAAGAUGACAUCUCAUUGAAGGUGGUACCUGUUUUACCUGCCCUUAAUUGUGCCCUGCUGGAAGCAAAGAAAUCAUUUUCUGAAAAAGGAAUCUGUCUAAACACAUUAGUAAAGCAUAAUUUCCAAGAACUGUACAAGGUGGACAAAAGUCCUUCAUUGACUGCUGCUUCUCAGGAUGGAAUUAAAGAGACUGCAUUCUUUGGCAAAGUGUCAAGUGGUUUUGACUUGACUCCUCCAGCUGAAAAGUGCCCUUUACAGUCUUUAACUCAGUUGAGGUCUUAUUUUUCAGAUCCUAAUGGGUACAUUUUGGAAGUAUCUACUGUACUAGACUUAUUGGCAGAGUGUCCUCAGUCUCCUUGUAUUUCAGAUGGAAUUUGUGAUGCUGGAUUUUCUUUAGUUAUGACUCCAGACCCUGAAUUUCACGACUCGGAGGCAGAAGUAAGAAAAGAAACAGAAACACAAAAGAAUUCUGAAGAAAUGUUUCAAGCAAGGCAGGGAGCUCUGGUCCCAUUAGGUCCAGCAUCAAAUCUGAGAGUUCAGCGUAAGAGAAAAGCAAGCACGCUGCCCAUGGUACAGAGUAAAAGGAUGAACUUGUGCCGUCCCUUUCCCAAAAGAACUCCUGCUGGACCAAACAAGGGUCCAGACUCUCCCACAACUCUCAAGUUAGUCAAAGGACAGUUUCCUCAGAAAAGAAAAAGAGGUGCUGAAGUGCUGACUGCACAGUUUGUACAGACAACCAAAUUGGAUAGGAAAAACCAAGAAGCUCCUAUUACUAAAGAUGUUCCAGUGUCAACGAAUACUAAAAGGGCAAGGAAACGAGAGACAUCUCCAGUCAAAACUGUUCCAAGGGCUAAGCCACCUGUGAAGAAAUCUCCACAAAAACAGAGGGUAAAUAUAGUAAAAGGCAAUCAGAAUCCCAGAAUCAGAAAGCAACCACAACCUGCCAAAGGAGAAACUUCUUCACAGCUUCAAUCAGAAAUUUCAGAUGGUCAAGAAGACGUUAUUGGCAUAAGUACAGCUCAACCAGAAAAUAUCACAGUGGCUCCAGAAGACCCACCUGAAAACUCCAUUGUCAACUGUGACUCCCAGGCCCUAAAUAUGUUGGCUGAUCUUGCAUUAAGCGCUGCUACCUCUACCACACCAUCCUCUGAGCCCAGAAACUUUCCCUGCUCCUCUGAAUUGCCACAAAAUGACAUUUUGCUUUCUAAAGAACAUUCUUUGCACGGUACAUCAGACCAUGAAUAUCAUAGAGGAGUUAAAAGUCAAAAAGGUGGACCGUUAUCCAAGCCCUCCUCUGAUAAGAGUAACCUGACAUCAGACCCCACGGUCAGCCAGGAGGAAGAGAGCUUGGUUCCUGGCAUUCAGGCCCCUGUGGAAGCCCAGUCGGCACUGCCUGAGGAAACCCUAGAAAGUUCCGACGCAAGCCAAAGCUCUUUUGUUGCUGUGGAGCAUUCCUAUGCCCUGCUCCUUACAGAACAUUCAAAGAAGCAUCUACAGCAGAGAGGGACCCCAAGCCCUGCCUUUGCCAAGAAUGGUACAAAAGGCCCUGAAGCGGGAACCCCAGUGGGGAAAGUGAUGCCAUUUCGGCAUCAGCAGGUCACCUCCCCACUGCAGAAGCUCUCCGAGGCCCCAGCGCUCAGGCGCAGGAGCAGGUUGCUGCCCUCCAGCCUGCAGGACUUCUGCCGCUCUCAUACCGUAUUCAGCUGUGAUGGCUCCUUUAAGGUCACUUUCAAAUGUGAAGCAGAUUACGUGUUCAGCUUAGACAGCAAGUAUACCAGCAACCCCCUGGAGAGGACUGUAAUCAGAGCACUACACGGGCCCUGGAAUACUGAUUUACCAGAUAACGUGGAAGAAGUGAAGCUUUUACUUCAUAUGUGGGUAGCUCUGUUUUACAGCAAUCAAAACAAGGUCAUACGAUCAUCCCGAAAAGUAGUAGAACACAGCAACCCAGCAAAAUACGUGUCCAUAAAUAGCACGUUAGAAUCGUUUGAAUUCAGUGAAAUUGAGGAGUCCUCCGGUGUGGAAAGGUGCUCCGUAGACCCUCUGUUGGAGCCUAAUGAUGCUCCCAGAGGUCCUACUGCCGAAGUGUCCUUCCCGGACACUGACCCCCUGCUUCCUUUCAUGAAACCACCACCUGUGAGAGGCUUGGAGCUUUGGGUGCAGAAUGAACAGAAAGAAAUGUAUGCAACAGCAGGUCAUCCAGAGACCCCAGAAAGCCAGAAUUUCAUCUAUUCUUGUAAUGAUGAGAUAAUUGGGGGGAAAGCUGAACAAGAGUCAUCAGAUAAACUAGAGACCUCUAAUCUUGUGCUUUCUAGCAUUGGAAGCACCCAAACUAAUGGGUCUUCUAUUCCUGCUGAAGAUAAAACCUUUGAACCACUUGAUAGCACACAGGUGACUUCUUAUAAUGAUACUGUCACACAACCCACAUUUGCCAGGACUUAUGAUGGGAUCAGCAGUCCGUCAAUGAUUUGUCAGAAGUCUGUGUACAGCACCCUUGAAAGCAAAGUUGAUGUUUUUCAUGCAAAAAUGCAAACAAAAACAGGUGCUUUGCAGGGCCUUAUCCAGCAUAGCAGCCCCAUAAACAAAGAAUGUCAGCCAUUGUUGGAAGGGAAGGAUGAUAUGGAGUAUGUAAUGAUUAAUCUGGAACCGGUUACAUUCACUUUUGAAAAAAAUGCCUAUGCACCAAUCCAGACAGAAGUUGUAAAUAGAGCUGAUAAACCUACAACCUUUAAUGUGGAGUUGAUUAAACAAGUAUCACCUGCUACAAGCCUUAGACAUCCUGUGUCCACAUUUGAAAAGGCACAGACACAGGGUCUUAGGGACAUUCCCUCUCUGGCAAUGUCAGGACAAGGCGCUAAGUACCUUUGUGCCUCCUCAGUGAGUAGAGAGACACUUGCUAAAGAAAUGUGUUCAUUACAGAAAGGACAGGCUGUUGCAGGCUCACCAUCGCCAUCUGAUAAUUCCCUGGUAACAGAGGCAUUCUCACUGGUUAAAAGUUCUAAUUAUGUGUUACCCAGAGAAGAAAUGAAGCUCUCUCAAGAAUGUUUUCUGUCGACUCAGAGUCUCUUUAGCAUCUCUUCGGAAGAGAUUGUAGAGCCAUCCCAGCUUGAAGAAGUAGUCUCAUCGUCAGCCUCUGCCCCCUUUGAAGAAAAGGAUUCACUUGACUGCAUCCCAUCAGUGAGGAAUGCUUCGGAUGGCUCUUCAGAACUAGAGAAUGACAAGAGUGGUCUAAACAGUGAAAAUACGAGUUUUGAAUCAUUUAAUUCUGCAUUUACCAAACAAAGCAGCCUAUCUGUGAAUAGAGAGGAAGUCAGCCUCGAGUUAUCAGAGGAGGACUCUGACCUUGACCUCACUCUCACCGUAUCACCGCCCACGAGUCCCAGGGAAGAAGCCCCCUCUGGUGAAGUGGAGCGGCAGCAGGAAGCCCCGUUACCCUGCUUAGAGCUUCAGGAGACAGCGGACAAAAUAACUGAGCCCGAAGAGGUGCCCGACGUGAAUGCUGCUGAUCACACGUCAGUGAAACCACUAGAAAGUGAGAGACAAGGUGAUAACUUACAGACAGUGGCUUUCAUACUUGCUAAAGAAACCUGUGCCCUUGAGUUUGCAGAGGAAGUUCAUGUUGCUUCAGACUUCCCCUUCGGUUCUUUAAUUGAAGAAGUGUCACCAGCUUCUAGCCCUGACUGCCAGGUACCAGGUGAAGAAGCACAACCAGCCUGGGCUGUAUCUCCAAGUAGUUUUAAGCUCCGUGAUGCACACUGUGAGAAAAGUGACAGAUCCUCCCAGGUUGAGUCAGUAGAUUUGGCCAUAACAGAAAAAGAAAAUUCUUUUGUUGGUCCCACCCAUCCAGUGGGACAAGAUAACGUAACUCAGAUACAACAAAUGCAGCUUUCUGCUGAAAUGCCUCUGAUACUAAAAAAUCACCCAGGAAGAAAAGAUAGAUUUUUAACCCUUCCUAGUGAAGUCACUGAGGAAAUUGUCCCAAGUGAGUGUGGUGAGGGUUACUCUUUCUCAGAAAAGGUGCCACACCAUGAUGCAGAGUUAAACCAGCCUGCCUCAGCUGCCACAUGCAGAGAUUCUCUAGAAAACCUGGUAACGUCAAGAAAUCCACUGCAGCCAAUGAGUGUAGAGAACGGAAAUCCCCACCUAAGUCAUCUUGUCGUGGACACCAGUGAGCCUCCGUUUAGCCCUCAGAAGAUCCUUGAAAGUAAGUCUUUUGCUGACACAUUUGUUUCUACAACCACACCAAGUGGUGUGAAUGUGUCAUUAAAACAGCAGACCAGCCCUAAGAGCCUUAAGGAAAAUGUCUCGAGCAGUGAUUUGAAAACAGAUGAGCGCUGUUACAUCCUGGUUAAGUCCUUGCGCUUUGACCCAGUUGCCGGAGCUGAGGCUGUGCAGGCCCGCGGGUACCUGGAGCUCCCCAAGCCCACCCUCUCCUCGGGAGGGGCCACCCUAACCCACAGGGCAGGACCCAGCAACGCAGGGAUGGAGUUUCAAACACAGGAAAUCGCUUUCAUCAGAAUGGCUGGUCUGCUCAAGAAUAAUGAAACUGGAGCUGAGUUACGUGAAAGAGCUAUAGAUCUAGGAGGUGUCGGCUCUCAGCUGCACAUCACCUCUUCAGAAGGCAGACACAAACCGGCCCACAUGCUGCAAGAUGGGUCACCGUGUGCAGCAAGAGAUCUGCUGAACGGUGGGAUUUUCCCCAUGUAUUUACAUGCUAAUUCUUACCAAAAGACAGCCGCACCCGGUGAAACUAUGGAUACAGAGCCUUCUGCUUCCUUUGUUCCCAAAUCUUGGGCCCCUCUUGUUUGUGGGGUCUUUGAAAAGCAGGUGGAAGAUAAGAGUGCUGAUGAGGGGCUGAGGGCUGAGGGGGGCUGUGUGACCCGAGGUGGAGGCGUGGAUAUCAGUGUGAACUCUGACAUCCAUUAUGAACCACUUUCUGGAGACUCGGAUCAAGACUCUCUUGGUGAGUGUGGAAACCCCAGAUUAGAUACGGAAGAAUCCUGUACUUUGAGAUGUAGUCACACCGAGAAAAAAGAACGUACUUCUGGUUUUGACUCUUUCCUGAACCUAAACAGUAGUGAUCACGAUGACUGGGGCUACUCGAGCCAGGUUCCAGGUCUGGAGACGGGCAUUCCUCCCAGAAGCUGGCCCGUGGGAUUAAAGAAGGAAGAUAAAUGUGUGCCCUGUUACGUCCAAAUCCGAGAUCUCCGUGGGAUCCCCAGGACCUACGCUAACUUCACUGUCACUAAAGAGCUGAGAGACACCACGAGAACCCUGCAUAGCCUGUGGAGGCACCCCGGUGUCAUGGCCAAGGGCGGCUUGCUCAGCUCCUGGACGGACACUUGGCAGGUGGCAGACGACCUCACCCAGAACACUUUAGAUCUGGAGUAUCUGCGUUUUGCACAUAAACUAAAACAAAUUGUGAAGACGGGAGAUGCUCCAUGUUCCGCCCCUUCCACCGCCGUCUUUCCUAAGGAGCCCCCUCUCCAGGGCGCCAUGGGGGCUUUCCCUGCGACAAAAGUGCCCGAGUCCCCGGGGCUGCCUCCUGCCUCCCGUAGCAGGAGUCCCCUUGUGGUGACAGUCGUGCACUCAGACCCCAGACACCAGGGUCAGCAGGCGAGAGGGCAGACACCCAGCUGUGUGGACCGUUCCUCCUCCUCCUCCUGGAAGGAGAGGUGUGGCCACAAUAGAAAUCAUCUCACAAACUCUGAACAAAAUUCGACUGUUCCAUUCCACCUCAACAAACUGAAAUAUAACAGUACAUUGAAAGAGUCCCGGAAUGACAUUUCCCUCAUUCUCAACGAAUACGCCGAAUUCAACAAGGUGAUGAACAGCCACCAGGUCAUCUUCCAGGAGAAAGAGCCACAUGCUGCUUCUGGAGAAGCUGAACCCCGAGAGCUGUGUCCCUCCAUCCCUCAGCCAGCCUCCUACGAGGACAUGAUCGCAGACAUGUGCACCACUCUGCACGUCAAGCUGGAGAGGGUUGUGAAGGAGGCUUGUACCAGGACCUUCCUCUUCCACCUCGUGGAGACAGAGGACAAGUCCUUCUUUGUAAGAACAAAGCAUAUUCUAAGGAAAGGAGGCCACACAGAAAUUGAACCUCAGCAUUUCUGUCAAGCAUUUCACAGAGAGAAAGAUAGGUUCAUAGUCAUCAUCCGAAAUGAAGAUAUAUCAUCACAUUUGCAUCAGAUUCCUUCUCUGCUGAAGCUGAAGCACUUUCCCAGUGUCAUCUUUGCCGGAAUCGACAGCCCUGAAGACGUCCUCAAUUACACCUACCAAGAGCUGUUCCAGACAGGAGGCUUUGUGGUGUCAGAUGACAAAAUACUAGAAACUUUAACAUUAGUGCAACUGAAGGAAAUUGUUAAAAUCCUGGAGAAACUAAAUGGAAAUGGAAGAUGGAAGUGGUUGCUUCACUACAGGGAGAAUAAAAAGCUAAAAGAAGAUAUGAGAGUGGAUUCAAUUGCACAUAAAAAGAACUUAAUAGUGAAAUCAUAUCAGAGUGCAAAUAUCAUUGAGCUGCUUCAUUAUCACCAGUGUGACUCCCGAUCAUCAACAAAAGCUGAGCACUUGAAAUGUCUGCUAAACCUGCAAAUUCAGCAUGUCCACGCCAGGUUUUCCGUCUUCCUUACAGAAAAGCCUGUUGUCUCCAGAGAAGUCUUUGAAAACAGUGGCGUCCUUGUUACCGAUGUAAAUGACUUUAUUGAAAAUAUACAGAAAGUAGCAGCUCCGUUCAGGAGUAGCUAUUGGUAAGAACACCUGUGACUCGAGCUGGAACUGACAGCAGAUGCUGACAUCUGUGUCUGCGGGAAACCAGUUGCUCAAAAACUUCUCUACAUUAUACGUCAUGCUGUAAAUUUAAAGUUUUGUUUAUUUAGGGGUGCUGCUGGUUUGGCAUAAAUGGGACUUUCUCAAGUAUCACUAAUGAAAUAACUAACCUACUUUCUAAAUGAGUGUUUUCACCUGCAGUCCAUCUGCUGUCAGGACGGAAGACAAUGUAGCCUACAUGCAUAGACAUUUUCCCCAGUAGGUAGCAUCCUAUUUAUGGAAUAGUUCUUGGUUAUUUUAUUUUAAAGACGGAAUUAUCAGUUUUGUAUUUAUCCAGGUGAUUUAACUGCAGCUUACCUAGACAUCGGUGAUGCCAACAACAAAUUAGUAUUUUCCCUUUUCUUUGAAAACCUUUGAUUUUUCAAAUAUGAGAAGACUAUUCUGUGUAUCUCAAUGUUCUACAACUUGGGGGAACGUUUUUCUUCAUGUUUUACACGUUGCCGGGAUGUCCGACUUUGCUGUCCGACUUUGUUCACAGCAGCACUGUAGUUUUCCAUUAGUUUUGGGUUACAGUGUUAAGCAGAAUACCUUCAAAGCUAUUAAUUGAAGUUAAUGAUAAAAAUGAGAAUUUCACAAGUGUACUCAAUCGUAGCAAAAAAAAAAAAGUCUGUUUUAACCAGUAGCUUUGUUUUUGCACGUUAAGGUCAGAAAUGCACAUGUAAUGCAUGUUAUAGUCUGUUUUAAAGGUUUUACCACCUGUGUAAAAACUAAACUCUUCAAUGGUUUUAUCUGCUGUUAUUCAUGCUACAUACACUACAUAAACAUUUUUUUCCUAAAUGGUACAAAUUUAUAAACUGUCAUUUUCACUUACUCGGUUUUUAUAAAUAGCACACUACAAAAAUAAACCAUCUGAGGAAGAAAUAAUCAUUUAUUUAUAUUAGAAAUAAUUUCUACAACAAUCUUUAAAGCUCAAAACCAAGCAAAAAACAUUUGUAAGAUACACAGUAUCUAUUUGGAACAAAGGUUUUUAUAACUAAUUUGUUUCAUUUUUUAAAAUAAAGACAACUAAAAAUCAUUCAACUGCUUCUGCAAUGAUUUUAUAGCAAAUAUUAAAUUUGUCAGAGAAUGUUUUACAGCAGUUUAAAUAGCAGAAUAAGUAGCUUCCAAAAGAAUCCUACCACUCACCU